CCCUAACAUUGAAAUAGCCCUUCGAGCGAUUUGGCCGAGAAAAUUUUCUCAAAUUCGCAGGCUUCUUGAUUCUUGAUUGGAAAGGAGCUCAGAUUUUAGGUUAAUAUCCAUUCGAUUUACAUAUCACGCAUACUUAAUCUGCUCAGAGGUUUCAAUAGGUGAUAUUGAGCAUGGCAACUGCAGAGCCUGCAUCGGCUUCCACUGGUCCAAGAUAUGCACCUGAUGAUCCCACACUUCCAAAACCUUGGAAGGGUUUGAUAGAUGGAAGCACAGGUAUACUUUACUACUGGAAUCCUGAAACAAAUGUAACUCAAUAUGAGAAACCUGCCAGUGCACCUCCACCACUGCCACUUGGACCACCUCCGGCAGCAGCUCCUACGCCUAAGUUGGCUCCAAUUCCAGUGGCUCAUUCAGUUUCACAGCAGAAUAAUGGCUUAGCCCAGCAUGGACAGCAAAUGAUGCAAGUUUCUCAGCAGCAGCAGCAGCAGCAAGGGAACCAACAUGGACAUUUAAUGUCACAACAGGGCCAGGCCAUUCAACAGCAUGGUCAAGUGCAACAACAUGGGCAGAUGAUGCAGCAUCCAUCUCAACAAAUGCAGCAUCAAAUGUAUCAGCAGAUUCCCCAAGCUUCAGGCCAUCAAAUGCCCCAGCCAUUGGGGCAACAAACACCACAGAGUCAAGGCUCUCAAAUGGUGGCACCACCACAAACGCAGCAAUAUACACAUCAGCCGCCACUACAGUAUAUGGCUUAUAAUCAACAAGGCAUCCCUCCUCAAGGACACCAGAGUACACAGCAGCAACAAACUCAGCAUGGCGUUCAAGUGCAACCAUUUGCAAAUCAACCAGAGUAUAAGUCAGGAUACUCAAAGAGGGAAGAAGAUGAUUUUCAAAACAGAAAUCAAAUUGGGUUUUCCCCUUCUCAGUUUCAGCAACCAAGUGGCUCAGGUGCUCAGAAUUUUCCUUCAGGAGCUAAUUCAGCUCAGAUGCUACAGAUGGGUGCUCAUUCAGGUCAAGCACAACAGUUUAGUGGCACUUUGCACAAUAUGCAACAGCCUACUGCGAUGGGUCAAUUGCAGCCAACUGUCACCGAUUCGGUUUAUAAUCCACAUGGUGGUAGGCUACAAAAUGAGAGAGACUCAUCAGCAAUGCAUGGUCAGCAUUCUAAUAUGCCCCCUGUUGGAUUAAGAAUGGGACAUGAGAACAAUAUGCAGGGUAGAGGUGGAAACGACUAUGUGUUUAGUGGUAACAAGGAGCCACCAAUUGCUGGUCCUCAGCAGCCCAAGAUUGCUUCCAUUCCUGGGCCUAGAUUUCAGCAGGACACGAGGAGCAGUGGAGUUCCAUAUCCAAAUGUUGCUCCGAAUCAGGUUCCUGCCAUUAAUAAUGGGGCAGGGCAAGCCAUGCAUAGUCAGGCAACAGGUGGUCCACCAUUGCCAAACAAUGCUACAAUGAAGCCUCCUUACUUUGGAAAUACUGAAGUUACGAAUUUCUCACCCGCAGAAAUUUAUCGUCAGCAACAUGAAGUUACUGCAUCGGGUGACAAUGUUCCUGCACCAUUUGCAACAUUUGAGGCUACUGGCUUUCCCCCAGAGAUAUUGAGAGAUAUUUAUUCUGCGGGAUUUUCGUCCCCCACCCCAAUUCAGGCACAAACAUGGCCAAUUGCUCUUCAAAGUAGGGACAUUGUGGCAAUUGCUAAAACCGGUUCUGGAAAAACGUUGGGAUAUUUAAUGCCUGCUUUUAUGCUUCUGAGACAACGUCAUAACAAUGCUCAAAAUGGCCCAACAGUGUUGGUUUUGGCUCCAACAAGGGAGCUUGCAACACAAAUACAGGAUGAGGUCAUCAAAUUUGGUCGAUCAUCAAGAGUUUCUUGCACGUGCCUAUAUGGUGGAGCUCCUAAGGGUCCUCAGCUAAAAGAACUAGAUCGUGGUGCAGAUAUAGUUGUUGCAACUCCUGGUCGUCUUAAUGACAUACUGGAAAUGAAGAAGAUCGAUUUUGGGCAGAUUUCACUGCUUGUUCUUGAUGAAGCAGAUAGAAUGCUUGACAUGGGUUUUGAACCUCAAAUUCGUAAAAUUGUAAAUGAAAUACCCCCACGCAGACAAACUCUCAUGUACACAGCAACAUGGCCUAAAGAAGUAAGAAAAAUAGCGGGUGAUCUUCUUGUCAAUCCUGUCCAAGUGAAUAUUGGACGCGUUGAUGAGCUUGCUGCAAACAAAGCUAUCACACAGUAUGUGGAAGUUGUACCACAAAUGGAGAAACAACGGCGUUUAGAGCAAAUCCUUAGAUCUCAGGAACGAGGUUCUAAGGUAAUUAUUUUCUGUUCAACAAAGAGGUUGUGUGAUCAGCUUGCUCGUACUAUUGGACGUAACUUUGGUGCUGCUGCAAUUCAUGGAGACAAAUCUCAAGGUGAGAGAGACUGGGUUUUAAGUCAAUUCAAGAGUGGAAAAUCACCAAUAUUAGUUGCCACAGAUGUUGCUGCUCGUGGGCUUGACAUCAAGGAUAUAAGGGUGGUUGUUAAUUAUGAUUUCCCAACCGGGGUUGAGGACUAUGUACACCGAAUUGGAAGAACUGGGAGAGCUGGCGCCACUGGAGUGUCUUACACUUUUUUCUCCGAGCAGGACUGGAAAUAUGCAGCAGAUUUGAUCAAAGUUCUGGAGGGAGCUAACCAACAUGUACCCCCUGAAGUGCGGGAGAUUGCCAUGCGCGGUGGGCCUGGCUUUGGCAAAGAUAGGCGUUUUGAUUCUGGUGGAGGGGGUCGUGGUGGCAUGAGAGAUGGUGGAUUUGGAGGUCGUGGAGGCAUGAGGGAUGGCAACUUUGGUAACCAUGGUGGCAUGAGGGAUGGUGGUUUUGGUGGCCGUGGUGGCCCCAGAGAUGGUGCUAUGAGCGGCUUUGGGGGGAGAGGUGAUUUCUUUGGAGGCCGUGGCAACAGGGGACGGGGAUUUGGAGGCCCAGGUGCUGGUAAUGUUGGUUUUGGUAGGAAUGAACGUGUGAACGAUAGAUACAAUAAUAUGGAUGCACGAGGACGUGGUGGCGGCCGUGGACGAGGACGGUUCGAUAAUAGAAGAGAGGUUGCUGGUAGGAGCAGCAGAGGCAGAAGUUACAGCCGUAGUCCUGAAAGGGUUAGAACAUGGGGUUAUAGCAGAAGCCCAAGCCGUAGUCGCAGCCGCAGCCGCAGUUGGAGCAGGAGUAGAAGCAGGAGUUAUAGCAGAAGCCGCAGUCGUAGCCGGAGCUGGUCUCGCGGUCGUGGUCGGAGUAAGAGCCGCAGCCCAAGACGAAGCCGAAGUCGCAGCCACAGCCGAAAUCGUGGCCAUAGCCCAAGCUAUGACAAAUACGAGAGUACUAGGGAACGGCUCUCUGAUCAAAAGGAUCCUGCACCUCCAGCGGCGGACACAAAGGCUCCUACCGAGACAAAAAUGUCUUCUAUGUCUCCAGGUACGCAAGGCAAUGCAUUUUCAGAAACUGAGGCUGAGAAGAAUACUGAGCCAGAGAAGCCAGUGGUAGGAGAGAACCCAGAACCACCAGAGGUACAAGCAUCCCCACCAGCUGAUCACUGAACUUUUAAGAACUGAUGAGAUGACACAAUAGUUUAUCCCUACUACUUGUCCUUGGCUUCAAAAAUCCUUUUGUUUGUUUUCAACCUGCAAUGAUAUGUAGCUGUCGUUGUUUAAGGCUUGGCCAUCUGGAUUGGGAUGAACCCUGUUGCUCUACUGCUGAGUGGGGGUGAUUUGGCGGCAACUGGAGUAGGUCUUCAUGUUCUUGAACCCAUGGGGAGAAAGUUCCAAGUUUUAAGUUCCAACCAUUAUUUUUUUUUCUUUUGGGUUUAGGCUUUGCAAGUUCCAAGUAGUGGGAGAUUGGUGCUUUGUUUUAGGAAUUUGGGAUUGGAAAUUGUAAAACCUCCCUAAAACCGUUUUAUGUGAUUACAUUUUGUGACAUUUUUCAUUGAUUAUCAUAUUAUUAGCUGAAACAAUGAUUAUCAUUUUAUUAACCAAAAAAGAGCAAGUAACAUUAGUACAAA